CCAAACACUGGGAUCCUUUAGCCGGCGGCGGGCGGGCGGGCAUCGCCAGUGCAGGAGAAGGUUGUCCGGUUCCUGAUCAAUCGCGGAGAGGCGUCGGACUCCACGCCACAGCAGGUGACCCCCGGCCUCGGCGGGAUCUGCGGACCGGAGCUUCGAGUUCUUCUACGAGGGGGAAAUUGGCGGCCGAGGCUGCCGCUUUUCCUUAAUCCUGUCCCCGGGGUUCCUGGGUCCAGCGCUGCUCACUUCCGGCCCCGAGAAGCGAUUAGAAUGGCUUCCAGAGGAAAGACAGAGACAAGCAAAUUAAAGCAGAAUUUAGAAGAGCAGUUGGAUAGACUGAUGCAGCAAUUACAAGAUCUGGAGGAAUGCAGAGAGGAGCUCGACGCUGAUGAAUAUGAAGAAACUAAAAAGGAAACUUUGGAGCAGCUGAGCGAGUUCAACGACUCCCUGAAGAAAAUCAUGUCAGGAAAUAUGACUUUGGUGGAUGAGCUCAGUGGCAUGCAGCUGGCUAUUCAGGCAGCUAUCAGCCAGGCCUUUAAAACCCCUGAAGUCAUCAGAUUGUUUGCAAAGAAACAACCAGGUCAACUUCGGACAAGGUUAGCAGAGAUGGAUAGAGAUCUGAUGGUGGGGAAGCUGGGAAGAGACCUGUACACGCGACAGAAGGUGGAGAUCCUCACCGCGCUCAGGAAGCUUGGAGAGAAGCUGACAGAAGAUGAUGAGGCCUUCCUGUCAGCCAAUGCAGGUGCAGCGCUCAGCCAGUUUGAGAAAGUCUCCACAGACCUUGGCUCUGGAGAUAAGGUCCUUGCUCUGGCAGGUUUUGAGGUUGAAAAGGCCAAGAAAUGACAUUGUGGCAGAUUGGUGCCACCAGCCCCAUCCUAACUGCACAUGGUGCUUUCAUCCUGAGGACUUGGGGGCAAAGAAAUAGAGUCUCAAAAUGCCCAAGAACAGGUGACGUGACAACAGUGUGGCUUCUGCUUAGGUCCUUCAUCCUAGAAGGUCCUCGUCCUUCUCUGUGUGGGGCUCCCUCAAAUGACCCUGGGCUUGUGGGGACAGGGGACCUGCUGGACUCAUUCUUAUAAGACGCCUUGUGUUUCAGUGCUGACAGGAGUGAGAGCUGUCAGCUAGCGACUGUCCUGAUUCUUGUCUGCACGCCUUGGGUGACCCGUACGGUGAUGCCACUAGCUCUCCGUGUCUAUAGAAUCUUAGAAACCUUUUCAUUUUCACACAAGGAAACCGAGAUGUAGAAAGAGCAUGUGAUCUGCCUAAAGUCACGUUAGGGACAGAGCUGUGGCUGUGGCUCAGGUGUCCUGACUCCUGGUUUUAUUUCUUUAUUCUGUACUGUUGUUCGUUUGUAUUGUUUUUAAAUAAUUAACUUGUAUUUAUGCAAGUUGGCGUCUAUGAAAAUUCAGUGUCCUGACUUGGAGUUGAUGGACACUAAGGGGCUGUUCCCAGCCUGUGAGCGGGCAGCAUGAAUGGGGCCCAUUGUAUCUCUGGGUUUCUAACAAGCAACAAUGGGAGGCCCUGUUGAGAGCCUCCUGAAGUAAUUUAACCUCCUGCCUUGUCUCAGUGGGGAGCAAUAGGAAAUGACAGCCCCAGGCCCUCUGCUGUGACCUCUUGCCAACUCUGAGGGUGGUAACAGUAAGUUACUAUAAACUGUGCAGUUUGGGGAGAAACAAACUAAGUUAGGAAGAAAUCAAGUUUCUCCCUGAGUGCGGUGACUAUUCGUGGGCAGACGCACAGCCACGUCCUCACACGAACCUUCCCAGGCUUCCUCUCUCUCUCUCUCUCUCUCUCUCUCUCUCUCUCUCUCUCUCUCUCUCCUUUAUACAAAUUUAAAACGUUUUUACUGCUUCUUGUAAACUUAAAAUCUACUAGGUGCUUUGCCAACUGGACAAAUUAGGGGCCUCAGCUAUGUAAAUGCCUUAUUUGGAACUUGUAAUGUCUUUUGGAUUUUUUUGAGGGGUGGGUCUCUGGACCAACAGGACGACCCAAGCCUAAUGACCCGAGCUUAAUCCCCCAGAUCCACCUCGAGAAGGAAGAGAGUUGACUUUUACAAGUUGUCUCCUGACCUCCACAUAAGUGCCAUGGCCUAUGUUUGUACAAGCUUACACACGCACGCCCACCCACACUCAGUAAAUCCAAGGAAAAUUGAAAAGGGGCCUCCCUGUGUUGGAGUCCUAGGCUCCAACUCUUGUCUGGUACGCGGAUGAGUGCUGCUGUGCCUUCCCAAGGGGUCGUCUCCAUUUGAUGUCUCCUGACCAUCACUCACUCAAGUGUAGCACACCAAGAAAGGUUGCCCACCGCUGUAACCUACGGUGGAUGUAUGCCGCCACCAUUCCAUAGAGAUGAAGUUCCUGUGAAUGCGGAAGUCACUGUUUGCCUGUGUAGAUUCAGUAGCUGUCUGUACAGUCACAGUGCUGUGCAGCUCCCAGCCUGGUGCCUGGUCAUCCCCUCAUUGCCCCCCCCCACAGGAACCUCUGUCUAGUAAGCAGUCACUCCAAAACGCCUUCCCGCCAGCCCGCCAGCGUCCACAGAUCCGCUCUCCUGGCCCCGUGGACUUACUCUCUGGAUAGAUAGUUCACCUGAACAGAUGUGUGAUGAUGCCCUAUGUGGCCUUGUUAUGUAUCUGACUUUCUCACUUCAUGCAAUGUUUUUAGGGCUAACCCACAUUGUAACACACCUCAAUUCUUCAUUCCUUUUAGUAACUGAGUAAUACUUCACUGUAUAAAUGCUGUUUUGUUUAGCCAUGUGUUUGAUGAUCAACUGAGUUACUUUCACACUUUCAGCUCUUGUGAAUAGAGCCACUAUGAGAAUUUCUACACAA